CCGGGCCCCGCAGCCCCGAGGGCGGCUUCCCCGCCGGCUGCACGGUCCCCGGGAGCCCCGCUCGGCGUGGCCCGAGGCUCCGUGAGCCGCCGAGAGACGCCUGCACCCGAAAGGGAAGGGGUGGGGAGCGACGGAAGAAGGGCGAGCAGGAGCGGGGGCCGAAGGAGGGAGGAGGGAAGGAUGGAGAGCCGGAAAGGCGGAGAAAGGGGGCGAGGGAGACAGGGCAGAAGAAAAAUUCGGGAGGGAGGCAGUGCCCUGGGCCCGGUCCCUUUCCUGUGGUCGGUCGAGCAAGUCCCUCAGUGGCCGGAGGACAGAGCUCUCCAACCCCCACACCCCACCCCUGCCCGCCGCUUGUCCCGGGGCUGAGUCCAGACCAAGGGCACGUAGAGGUUAGAGCCUCCCCAGAAGCUGAGCUCGGCCUGCUGGAGAAGAGAAGGACUCAGAGUUUCCACACGGGUGGGAGCAUCACGGUGGGGUGGCCUAAGUCAGCUGCUCCAGAUCAGAGAAGGCACCCCUGCUUUGGCCCUGGGCGCCUCCCAGGCCCCUAAUACCCUCUCCCAGGCGGAAGGCUGGGCCCAGAGCCCGAGGUUCCCCUAAUUUAGCCAAGGUGGUGAGUUUCCUUAGGCUGCUCUCCACAUUCCUGAGCGGAAAAACCUGUGUGCUAUUGGUCUAGGGAUAGGGCCCAGCCUGGGAUGGGUGUCCCCGCGGAUUUCCACAGGUUCUGUUCCCACUAGGGCCCUGAAACCUGCCCAGCUUCUCCUCAUCCUUUCAAGUUGGAGAAAUUUGGGGUUCCUCUUUGCAUUCUUCAAACUUAGAAACCUGGCCUCCAGCUUCAUAGCCUAUAAUGAGGACCCCCCACAUCCCAGUCUGACCUCCAAACUUCCCACUUGACCACUGACUGGAUUGCCUUUCCCCAGAGAAACCGAAGGUGUAUCAAGGUGUCCGGGUGAAGAUAACAGUGAAGGAGCUGCUUCAGCAGAGAAGAGCACACCAGGCAGCCUCGCGGGGAACCAAGAAAGAAUCUGGCUUACCUUAGAGCAGAAGGCACCAAAGUUCAUGUGAAAAUGGCUUCGCUUUCCCCGGGAAGCACUUUGAGUUCAUGAGCUCUGUGGUCCUGUUCUUGCUUUGGCAGCUGCCUGGGGACAACGGCGUCCACCUUUCAGACCCAGUCCCACCAUCUGCUGCAGGGCUGUAUUUUGAGUCUGAACAGGUUUCUUCCAUGUCCAAUUAUUUUCAAGCCCGAGAAUUUUCCAGUUGUGUUUCUUGUGAAGAAAAUACAAGCUGCCUCGACCAGGUCUUUGAUUCCUACCUUCAGACAGAGACACACCUGGACCCUUCGCUCAAUUCCACGCAGAGCACUCCACACUAUUUCCCUGACAGCUUCCAAGCUGCCCCUUUCUGCUUUAACCAGAGCCUGACCCCAGGAUCGCCUUCGGAUUCCUCCACUCUGUCGGGUUCCUUAGACUACAGUUACUCGCUGGCUCAGCUACCUUCGUGUGCUCUGGAGAAUUACAAUUCUCCCCCUUCUCUGGACACCAGAAACUGUGGCUACCCCUCAGAAGACUGCUCCUACUCGCACUUGCCCUCGUACACCCAGUACGACUGCUUCUCCUCAGCCAGCACCUCAGUCUGCUACUGUGCGUCGUGUGAGGAAGAGCACCUGGACACCCUCAGAGCAGCGGAGUAUUUCUCCUACCCCGGCACAGACUAUGUGAACUUCGCCCCCUCAGCCGCCACGGCCAGCGAGUUCUAUAAGAGGGGAACAGACUGGGACAUCUGCUAUAGUUAAUGGCAAUUACAUUAAUUUGGAACAUGGCGUGAAUAUCUCUGUCUUUCGGCCACACCAAAUGACAACUCGAAAUAUGCAGCCUGUUAACAAAACAUCACAAAGCCCGGUUCCUGUGUCGAAUUUCCGAUGUUCUGAUGCUCGCUUAGGCAUUAAUAUGAAGUCCUCAGACCUGGUCAUUGUGCCACUCCUACUUUGUAUGCUCCCAGUUAAAACUGUCGUAGGGGAUGUUCAGUUGUUUUACUUUUCUAUGUAACGAACAAAUUCUAAUUUUUUUAACUAAUAAAUUUUGUAUU